UCAAUGUCAAACAGCGCCAUCUGAGAUCACUGCUCGGAACUAAACGCGGUGUAGCGCCACCUAUGGGCGGUGAAGAUGAACGAUAGACAUGCCGCGGCUGAAGUACGCGUCGUUGCUGCGAGCACUGGUGAUUGCGGGCCUGCUAUGUGUGUGGAUCCAGGUCAUGCUGUCGGCGAGCAGCCUGGGCAUGGAGAAGGAUUCAGAGGAGGUGAUGAACCUAAAUGAUACCUCGGAGCAGGUGCUGGCGCUGGUACCGCCCGAGCUGCACAAAUAUCUGACAGUCCAUCCAAAGAACACUAGCGCAAACUCGACGGAGCGGACGGUCCCUAAGAACCUGACGGAGAUCCGGCGCUCCAUCCGGAUGUACAACGACGCACAAACUAUUUACAACGAGGACUUGUUUGGUCCGGUGCUAAACGACACCAUUAUUAUAGCGAUACAGGUUCACACAAGGCUGACGUACCUCAGACAUCUGAUUGUCUCGCUCGCACAGGCGAGAGAUAUAGAUAGGACCCUCCUUGUCUUCUCGCACGACUACUAUGACGAGGAGAUCAAUAGUUUAGUUAGGAGCAUAGACUUUACGAAAGUAAUACAAAUAUUUUAUCCAUACUCAAUACAAACUCAUCCCAACGAGUUCCCCGGAGUCGACCCCAACGACUGUCCCCGGGACGCCAAACUGGAAGAAGCGAAGAAACAGAAAUGCAACAACGCGCUGCAUCCAGAUCUGCACGGGCACUACCGUGAGGCAAAGUACACGCAGACGAAACACCACUGGUGGUGGAAGGCGAACAGGAUCUUCAACCAGCUGCAGAGCACCGCUGGCCACAAUGGAAUGGUGGUAUUUCUUGAAGAGGACCACUACGUCGCUGAAGACUUCAUUCACAUGCUGGGUCUUCUGCGCACCACCGCUGACCGGACCUGUCCCCAGUGUGAGAUCCUGUGCCUCGGCACCUACCUGAAGACCUACCAGUACCAUUCCACCAGCGACAAGCGCAAGGAGCACUUCAAUCUAAACUAUAUUCAACAAGUGAGGGCCGCGAACGAAGAACGACGUAAACGCCGGCAGGACACCCAGUGGAACUAUCAAGUGUACCCCAACCUGUUCUCGACCACACAGAAGGUUGAAAUAACGCCAUGGCAUUCCAGCAUGCAUAAUAUGGGCAUGGUGUUUAAUAAAACCGUCUGGAACAGUAUCAUGGAGUUGCAGGAACAGUUCUGCGCGUACGAUGAUUACAACUGGGACUACUCGCUGUUACACCUGUCACAGAACAGGCCUGGACGAGAGAAGUUUAAGGUUAUCCUCUGUAAAGGGCCCAGGGUGUUUCAUAUAGGAGAAUGUGGGAUCCACCACAAGAAGUCCAACUGCAACGCGUCGACGGUGAUCAGCAAGGUCCAGAAGCUGCUCCAGAACGCGCGCCAGUACAUGUUCCCGGGACGCGUCACAGCCGCCGUCACGGCCGGGGGCGCGAAGCACAACAAGAGACUCAUCAAGGGGAACGGUGGCUGGGGUGAUAUACGAGACCAGGAACUAUGCGCAAAUAUGACAAGAGUGGGACGACAAAUGAGAUUCAUAAAUUAUUAUUCGUAACUCGCACAACUAUCAACGCCUACGUUGCUAUAAACGUAGCGACAUAUUGUUAUUGGUAGUACUACUCAGUCUGAAGUAUGGUGAAACUUCAGUUGAACAAAUAUACUUGGUACUACUGAAGUAUAUCAACACUUCAGUGUAAUUCUUUUACUGAAAUUUGAUGAGAUUAAAUGUAUUCAAAUAUGUUAUACUAAAAUGUCUCAAUUUGUUACUAAAACAUUCUGUACAACUCAAGUAUAUUGUAUUAACAUUGACAGCCGUACAAAUGAAAUUGGUAUAAAGUUGACUUUACAUUCGGAAAACGUCAGAAUUUUUAUAGUAAUGACAGCGUUGUCAUAUAUAGUCAACAUUUGGCUUAUUCUUGGUGUAUUCUCCGUAAUAAUUUUAUUCCAAAUUUAAUUUUGUAAGUCCGUUAGUGCUUAUACUUCAGUUGUACAGAGUGUAUUUAUAUAACUUUGGUAUUAAUACUGAUGUGUGUCAACCUUAUUAUGAUGAAACAAUGUAUUGAGUACUCAAAGAGAUUUAUGUAUAUACAUACGAGCUGAUGACGUGACUUCGUCCGCAUAGAUAAAGGGUUUUUAAAAAUAAUAAGCAAGUUUGGAAUUCAA